GGCACCCAGCACGAUUUUUCCAAAAAGUGAUAAAAAGCGCACAAAAAGCGCGCUAUAAUGUAACUUUUUCUUGGUCAAAAUAAAUAAGCAACCUUUCAAAUUAAAGGUUUUCUCUUCAAGGACAAGUGUGUUAGAAAUGGAUGAGAGACAUUCCGGAGGAACACUGAUGGACUCUGAUGACUGGUAUAUUCAACAAGAUAAGGACGUGUCAGUGCCAACAUCCAAACACCGAAAGAAGAGAUUCCUUGGCAGUCAUCAAAACGUCGAAUCCUCCUCCGGUCACAGCAGCAAGUCUUACGCUACCCACAAUUCAAGUGGCGGAGAAACAACGCCCGGAAACAAAGAAAAUCGAUCAGACGCUUUGAACCGCUUGCUCGCUAGACGAAAGCGGAACAAGUUGUCAAGUCUGUACUACAGCAGUGAUGAAGACGAUGAUGAUGAAGUCCCGAUACCGAGUCGUAGGCUAAGUUCGUCCCUUCUUCAAGAUUCCAGCGGAUCUGACCUUGAUGACUCCCCAGGGACAGAGAAGUCAAACGAGUCGGACGUAUUUGGAGCGGAUGACGAAUUCUGUAUGUUGUCGAUUGAACCGAAGUCACACGAUCAAAUUAAAUUUAACGGGCGUGCGAGUGGUUUGUUGCCGGGUGGUGGUAAGGAGAUGUUUAACAGCAGAAAUGUGAAAGCUACGGAGGAACAGCAUUUUAGUCACAAGGAGGAAUUUUCUCAGGGUUUUAAGAAUGAUAAGAAGUGUAAUAGUCAAAGGAAUGGUUUCCCUGCUGAUUGGGGUAAUUCUGAUUCAGAGCUUCCGGACCAGAGCUCAAGUCAGAACUCGCACAUGAAUGGAAUUGUAAAGAGAAUGUCAUCAGAUCUCACUGACGGCAACACCUUCCAGAAGUCGCCCAAUCACGCCCUGCCGGGCAAUUUCUACAAGAAAAAAUUCUCACAUAUGUUUACCAGCGGAGAAAAGAAAAAACCGGCUCCUGGUCGGCUGAGUUUGUUGUCAUCUAGUUCAAGUAGUUCUGACUCUGAAUCCAACAGUUUCUUGGUGAAUGAUGCCACGAAAAGAGGUCCUGAAAUAAUAAUAGGCAACCGCCUCGAGUCACCUGUCUUUGGUUUAAGUAGUUCCAUUACCGGUAAUCAUAAUCCCCUGGAAUCGAAAAAACGUAAAUAUUCCGCCGAAAGUUUUUUCUUUGCGAAGAAGAGACGGUCUGAUGUGCCAGGUCGUGAUAAAUCCCCACGAGAGAUAUCGCCGAUUCUUAAGAAGUCGUCGCCAUUCCAGUUUGACGAUUCACCGAGGUUUCCGCCUCGGAAAGAAAAUGGACAGUCACUGCGACGAUUAAGUUUUGAGGAUGAGAAGGCUACGAAAACGGCUGCAGCCAGGCGAUGUUCAUCGGACUCGGACUCUGAUUCAUUUUGGAAAUUAUCGCUCCCAAGCAAAAACAAACCAAAGGCAAAACCAACUGAGAAGUUUCAUAAGUCUAAACCAAGCACGAUAUCCGCUUCUGCGUCGAGACUUUCUCCCCCUGGAACCUCGAGAAGUCGAAUCAGUGAUUUGAAAGUUUGUGAUCCGGUACGGUUGAGUGUUUCGCCCAAAUCUCGCUGUCAUGCUCCAACCUCAUUGGAUGCUAAUCAGUCCCUUGAGGAUGGGAUGCAGUUCACGGAUGAAUCGCUACGGAAACAACUUCAGGAUAUUUUCGGUAACGAUUCUGAUGAGGAAUUAGAGUGGCAGCCGACCUUGAAAAAGACAAAGGUGGCGGACCUCGGGAAGAAGUCGAAAAAGACAAAAGGCAGUCGAUGCUUUGUGAAGAAUGCUUCAGGGAAUACUGUAGGAGAUUAUGCAAACGUUAAAACUCCACCGAAAGUUCACAAGAAAAAAGACAAACCCGAAUCUCAGGAAAUGUUUUCAGACAGUGAGGACGACUGGGAACAAAAGUUGCAGGAGUUAGUUGACGAUAUUUCUAGUUCGUCACGUCGUGCGAAGUCCGGGUUGGCACUUUUGACGCAUGGUGGGAAGAAGGGUACGUCUGCUACUCUUGGCCAGAGGUCAUCAGUGCCACCAAGUUUUACGAGAAGUUCACCCAACGAUCAUGGUUCUAGUACUCAUACGAAACCUCGCAACAGUUCUGUGAGCACGUUUCCUGCGCCUAAUUCAUCUAGCCGGCGUUACUAUGACAAUCGGGGUUUAAUCCAUUCAGAACGUGAGGAACUGCCGAAGUCUGUUACAGUGAGUUCGCCUCCGAAACUCAUACAGUCCGUGUCUUCGCCGAAGCCCAAGCGUAGGUGUCGCCGGGCUAUUUCAAAAGGAUCGAUAAUUUAUAUCGACGAUAGCGAGUCUGGAAGUAGUGAUGAUGAUGUUUUACCAAUCACGUCAAACAAGCAUACGAUGCCCUUAAAUGGGCGUGUUAGUCGUCGUGAUGUUGGUCAGGUGAUUAGUCCGCGGAUACGAGAACUGCAGGAAGAAGAUGCAAGAAAUGAGUACAAUACGAUGCUGGAUCCCGUUCUAUUUCGAGAAUUAGAAGAAGAACUCGCACCAGCUAAAAAGAAGAAAACACCAAAGAGUCGUAGGGGGCGUGGAAGUUUGGACGAUCCUGUUGAAAUGGUCGUCGAAGUCACUCUGAAUGAAGCAAUACAGCGGGAAAUACAGGCAGGACUGAGAUUCCGGACGAGUGGUUCAAGGGGUAACUGUAACACCUCCACAAGCGCCACUCGUCGCUCUGCAAACGGCAACGCGAUUGGUGAUAAUGCGGCUGCGAUACGAUCUACGUCAGGACCUGCGUCAAGCCUCAGUCGGCCUGUGUCACAUGCUGCAAGCAGCCCAGUCAGUCCUGGACUCUUUACAUUCAGUGCCGGACCGUCUUACCAAACUCGUAUCCAAAAUGUCCCAGUCUCGUCCCCAAACUCGUUCUAUCCAUCUCCACCUGCGGUGAAAUCCCCAAGGGGACGGGGUAAGAAAACUUCGAAGGUUACUAAGAGGAAUCCUGUGACGAGUCCUCAGUCUAUCGCAAAUAAUCCAGGAUUCUCCCCAGAUGUCAUCCCCUUCGUGCCAACAUCACCGGCCCUCCAGUCUUCUCCACGGUCAAAAAACACACGCAGCCGACAAAAGACUAGCCGAGGAUCGUUAAAUCGGCCGCUUGAUGCCGACCCUCGCAUGGUUGUGCAGCAGAUUGAUGAUGAUGAAGCCAUGGCCCGACGCAUGCAAGAGCAGAUGGAUAUGGAGUUUGCGCAAGCUCUGAUGAGAGAGGAAGAAUCUGCUGCUGCCGCUGCCCACAUCGCCAGCCAGCAAGCUCCCAGCAGCCCGUUCCCACCGCCACACAUGCCCGCCAACUUCCUCAGCCCGCCGCAGUUACAGAUGCCAGUCCCGCGUGCGUUCAACCCACCACCUACGUCACAGUUCAAUCCUUGUCAUGCUCCCCAAGCUCUUGUGCGGAAGAGUCCCACCACCAGGGGGAGACAGCGUCAGACUCGAUCACAUAUAGCUGAUCAAGUAGCCAUUAACCAAAUACCAAACUUCGACCCCCACGUCGACACGGCCAUGUACUUGCACGUUGCCAUGGGAAUGGGUUUAGUGGAGCCAGGGCGACGGCCGACCAUCAGCCCUCCAACACGCCGUGGACGGGGCCGAGGCCGGCAACGUCGAGGAAUAGCAGCAGCUAAUGCCGUCCAGGGAGAUGAUUACGAGGCAUUAUUGGCGCUUAGUGACAUGAUCGGCGAAGCACGCCCAAAAGGUUUAAACAAAACGUCCAUCGAACAACUUCCGACAAAAAUCUUUAAGAAAACGGCGUCUAGCAGUAAAGAUGACGAGUGUUCUGUCUGUAUGGGAGAGUAUGAGGACGGAGAUAAUCUCAGAAUCCUGCCGUGUUUUCAUAACUUUCACGUCAAGUGUAUCGAUAAAUGGAUCAAGGAUAAUGCUACGUGUCCCAUCUGCAGAGUCCCGGUGAAAUUAUCCUGAUUAUGACCGGUCGUGGACCCAUAAACAGUGAAACCAUGCUCAAUUAGGGAAGUUAAAAACAAGUUGUUUAUAGUGCGGUGAUGAGGUAGUAAGUAGUAGAGGAUCGGAAUAUCGCGAAAUGUUCUUGAAAACAGGAAUGAGAAUUAUGCUGUAAAUCAUGACAAGAGAGUAUUAGGUUCUAUCCUAAUGGAUGUUAGGCCAACCUCAUAUGCUCUAUCGUGGCUUGCAUUUACAUACAAUGAUAAUGGACUGGAAUUUGUCAAGAAAUUCCUGCAUGCGUCAGGACUUGUCGGUCAGGAGGGUAUCCCUAGUAGUUCUACCGUCUUCCUGGUGAGGCUUUGAAAGACCACACUCAAAGACUUGAUUUCGUUCAUGCAUGCAUUGGUAUACUCUAAACCUGAACAUUUCCGCAACUAGGCCUAUCUUAUUUUGGCGAUUUUCGAAAUCUUUUUGAAAAUUAGAGUAUUCACAAUUUUUAUUUUGCGGGCUAUGAAUUAUCGUCUGAUAAGCAUGAAAUAUAUAAUCUAUUUUAAGUUACAGUUACGAGUUGUCAAAAUGUUAAAUUAGAAGUAUGCAGCAAUUUUGACGAAAAAAAGGGUCGCAAUUUCUUUCCGGGUUUGCAGAACUGGUAUUCUGAAAGUGCGGUUGCUGUUUUUACAACUCCACAAAUACUUUCGAGCUUUAUAUUGGGUAACUUGUUUACUGAUGGCCGUCUUCCGUGUGGGAACUGAUUUCCUUAAAUGUUGUGGCGAUGUCUGGUGUUAUGUCGAAGAAGCGGUCGGUGAUGACUUAGGGGGGGGCACGGGGCUGUUGCCGAGUCGAUAAGAAGCCCAAAUCAUGUUGUUGAAAUCUUGUACUUGUAACAAUAUUGUAUUUGUCAACUUCCCAAUGAGAUCCAGAAUGUCUUUUAAAGAUUGUGAAUCCGUAUAUUGUAUCUAAUAUUGGUGCUGCUUCAUGGUGUAUUGGAGUCCAUCCAUCUACUGAUGUCUAGGCUGAGAAAAAGUGAUUUGUCACCUAAAUAUUUGCGUCUGAGUUUCAGUCUGUCUUUUGAAGUGGACAAUUUGGACUUUGUAAGUUCACAUCAGCAAGUGCAUGCAUGGAAAGUAUAACGGUUACAGUAUUUGAACUUUUGAAUAAUUUCCAAUCAAAGAUUAAAAGCACUUUAAGAUUUUACAGCAAUGGCUUUUUGACCAUCUGCCAUCUAUCCUGAACAACAUCUCUUAUGUUACUCUGGGCCUAGAUAAGUGCAGACCCUAUUAUUAAUUUGGAAUGUUUGCAUUGCCUGUGGUAUGAUAUUGUGUGAUGGGUCAGUCUCCUCAGAAACAAGCUUUAGUUAGAUGAAAUAACACUAUAAACUAUGCACUCACACGACAGAGUGAAAUAGGGUUAACUAUGCAGGUACGUGACUGUGUGUGAGUAAGGUUGCUGUACUAGUUUCAGGAGAGCGGCGUGGUCUUGUGGCCGAGGUCUCUGACUCAUAAUCCGAUGAUUGUGGGUUCGAUUCCCAGAUAGGACUGCUCGCUUUUGAUCUUGGGAAAAUCCAUCUUCCCAACUUUCCUCGACCCACCCUGUUGUGACGGGUACCAGUUAACCUGGGGAGGUAUCCUGUGUUGGACUAGCAUCCCACCAAGGGACUUAUAAGCUGAUAAACUGAUAAGCUCUAAUAGGCAGUAAUUGGCUCGAGCCUGUUGGCCCAACAGACUAUACCUUACCUCUGCUACUUUCGCCGCUCACCGUAAUCGGUUCUUCAGCCUGCCAGCAGGUGGCGCCACUAAUUCAAACCUUGUUUCUGAGGUGAUUCAUUCGAUGUGAAAGGCAUAUUGUGAUGCAUGUUGUGUACAUUUUGUAAAUAACAGAGUGUUUAUAAUUCACUGCACAAGGAGAUAAAAGGUGUACUUCCAUUUCUUUCAAUUUUAUACAUUUUCUUUACACUGCCAGGACAGGGAUUCUGUAAAGUGCAAAAUUUUCAUGCCACAUUACUUUCUAUAGAUCUACACAUUAUGUAUAUUAGUCCUAGGCGAUUAGGGCCUAUCAACUCCCAUAAAGCUAUUUCGUGGGGUCAAUGUCCGUUUUUAUCAUGUUGUCUUGUCUGGCAAUGGCAAUGUUUAUUUCCAUUUACUUGUGGCACAGACAAAGACAAUACUUUCAAAUGGCAUAGCCCUUUAAAAAUCCAAGUCCAUGUGUGAACAUGGUCUCAUUGGGUUAAAACCAUCCAUGUUAUACUGGCUAUAAUUAGAUUCAUAUUAGAAUAGGGCGCCCUGUAAUUAUUAACAGCUGGCUGUUUCCUAAUAGAUGUCUAUAUGCACUGUCACCCUAUAUAGACUCAACUGCAUUUUCUCUGAAUAUUAAACAUGUGUAUAAGGAUCUUACUCCACUAAUCACAAUUGUUGAGUCUAAUCAUGUAAGGGUCUGCCUUAAUACUAAUUACAGGGAUGUCAAAUUUCCACUUGUAGGUGGAUUUCAGACUUUUCCUUGUUUUCAAUGCCAAAUCUGACAGCUGGAAUAGAAAGGUCCCUUUCUCAACCUUCCGUGGCUGUUCGAAUUUUCAAAAUUGGACCAAAAAUAAGCAUUUUAGAGACAUUUUUGUGCCAGUGAGUGCUCAUCUAGGGCCAAGAUUUUUACCAGAAAACAAUUUCCGACUUUCUGCCUCGGGUCACUGGCAUCCAUGUUAUGAAUAGAUGUCAAAUUUAUGUUUGAAAAGUCCAGAUGUAGACACCAUUAAAAGCCAUUGACAAAUAAAUUGAGAUGACUAUGGUAAAAUAAAGCUUACAUUACCCCAAAUUUGAAUAACAAUUCGUUUAAUUGCAAACCCACAAAAUCCAUUGAAACGCAUGUAGUUGAACAUCACUUUGAUGCAAAAAUUCCAUUAGAGUUACAAAAAAAGUUGCAUUGACUCGAGAAGACCUGAAGGGGAGAGAUAGAAUAUAUUUUGCAUCUACAGACCCUUCUUCCUUUGUGCCUUUCCUGGUCUGUGGUUUGAGUCCUCGCUCAAAGCGCUCUUAACCAAAUUCAGAAUUUGUUUCCAAAUGUUGUACUAUUUACAAUGUAAUUGCCAAUUGUAUGAUGUUGAAGGGAAAAGUCAAAAAAGACUUGCGCUCAAUGAGGUAAACCCUGUUCAGUAAUCUAUGCCUGAUGAUAAUAUAAAUGUCAUUUUGUUGUUGUGUCAAAGUGCAGGCCUACUUGGCCAAUAUAAAUGUAAGUUUCUGUCUUAAUUUUCCUUGUCUGAUUAUUGUCUGAAGUAAUUUUUGUUUGUUUUGAAAAAAUCUGCCUGAUUUAUAUAGGAUUUAUGUUGUCAUGGUUCACGUGUCACUUGUCAGGAUUAUGUUGGUUAAUCCUCCAUUGUAAGGCAAGGGUUUGUUUACAAACAGAGGUAUACAAUGCUGUACAAAAAGGUCACUGAUACACAAAACUCACUUAUUUUUACGUUCUAAUCAAGUGAGAGAUCACAAAUGUGACCCGCUCUCCCAAAACUAGGCGCUUGUCGCAUCUGAACUUGACAGGUUGAUACGGAGUUGUUGUU